AUGGAACAUGCCCAGUCCCUAACAUCUUGCGGCGCCCAGCAGAUCAUGAAUUACGGAGAAAAUGGUGAUCGUCGACAGUUACUGGAUGCAAGAAUCACAGUGCUUGAAACUGAGCUGCAGUACGCAUGGAAGGCCCUGGAUUUGCUUUCGCAAGAAUAUUUGCGAAUCUGGGAGAGGCUAGAAAAAGUUGAACAACACCUAGCGGAGCAGCAUGGGAUGAUGGCGCAGCUUCUUGACUUACACGCUGGGGAAUAUUUUUCCGGUUGGCCGCAGCCACCACUGGAUCCCUCGGGAGUCAGUGAAGCGUUUUAUCGCAGCUUGAAUUAUGCUCAUGGCGACUGGUAUGCGUGUUUCGAUCCUGAAGCGCAGCGGUCAAUCGCUAAUGACAUCAAAGAGGCUUUGAUGAGUCCCGAGAGUCCGUCGAAGGAUUUCGGGAAUCAGGUUCAGGAUAUAUUUCCGACUCGAGACCAUCCAGAUUUUCCAGUUCAUGGAGCGAUUCGGGAAAGCGCUGGAGCGCAGUUGCCAGAAUCAUCCGUGUUCGGCAGUGCUAUGAGUCAGAAUAAUUUCCAGGAGCUGGACACUCUCAGCUCCACACUGCAACAAGACUCUCAGAACCUAAAGCAGUUGAGGGAAAAACUAUGGGGAGCUCCACAGCAAUAUCAGCAGGCGUCCCGAACUUUGCCGCAACCGAAUGUAAAAGACUUUUCAGGAAAAGAUCUAUAUGAUGAGGGAAAAUCUCUUGAAGAGAAGCUCAGGCAAAUUUAUCUUGAAGCCAGGGUUGAGACUUGGGCUUCAGUUGGAAGUAAUUCUGUGUCGCCUUUGACUGAAGUAAACAAAUUCCUUCCUGACGUUCAAGCUCAAGGAUCUCGUAUUCCCACCGGGUACGAAUCGGUGUCACCGACAUCACUACAGAUAGCGUCAGAUACAGGUACAACCAGAAGCCAAGCAAAAGUCCCCUACCACAAAAAGUCAAACCAAUCUUAUGAUGACCUGCGCAAGGAUGAUUACUCCGAGUUCUUUCCCAGUAGAAAACCAAUGACCUCCAUGUCAGCAGAAGCCAUCGAUCAGAUGGAGCAAUUUUCGACGCCUGAUCAAUUACAACCUACACGAAAAAAAUUAUAUCCUGAACCUUUUCAACAGUCUUCCAAACCUUGCUCAUCCGGAGGGGCGCUUGGCCCUUUGAAUUCCCCAUUAGAUUCAGGAAGAACCAGCAUUCAAAGUUCGCAUGCUCAAUUCAAAAACCAUCCUGCGAUCCAUCAAGCAAAUGAAUUUUCGUCCCAGUCAUCUUUGGGCCCGUUUGUCGACAUGAUCUCCGGCACCAUUCAAGCUAUAUCCCAGAAAUCCGAAGCGAAAAGCGGACACGCUGUACCCGGGAAAAAAGUCUCAGAAAAAGCAAAAAAUUAUGUUUCACAUAAAGGACAGCAAGAAUUUUCGGAUGUUCUCGAAAGAUCAUUGGCGGAAAUGGAAAUAGAGGUCAGAAAUUGCUUACAGGAAGCCGCUCAAAAAUAUCCCUUGGAUAUGAAUUCCAGCAGAAGAGGAUCUAAUCUUUAUGCUGAUGGCACCACCAGCCAGUCCUCAUCAAUGGAAAAAAUUUCACUUGUUCCUACGAAGAUUCCGUCUCCUCAGAAAUUGAAAUGCCAAGAGAUGCAGCAGCUGGGCGUUGAUUCUUACACUGGGAUCAAGUGUAGGCGGGGAAGCCCCGACCCUUUCGCCAUCGAGGAGAAUACGGCAACCCCUUGGCAAUCAUCUUCUUUGAACGAUAAAUCUGAACAUGGACCUAACUCGGCUCAGUGUCACAAAGAUCAUCAGCCGGUUUUCCCAGAUGCCAUGCUUUUAAGCAAGAAACCCGAGACACAACCAUUUGAGCAAUUGCAACCGGCUCCUUUGAGCAAGUGUUACCUUGACGAAAAAAACUGGCACCAAGGAGUUUCCAAGGAUGACAAAUAUAUGAACAACAAGUUCAAGCUUGGCAGGUUCGAUCAAAAUUCUGCAAAACACGAAAAUCUCCCCGGGGAGAGGCAAAUUUUCGAAGAAGGUGAAUCAAAGUCCAAUGACGGGAUUCAGAAGCAAAUGGAGGGUGCAGGUGACAAGGAAGAUCCAGAAGAACUCACGUUCAAUCGGCCGAGUACCAGCUGUGGAAAAAAUUUUACCAAAAGAAAAGCCCCAUUACCCCCAAGGUCUGCGAGUUUACAUUCCGAAAAUCAACUCACGAACGAUCAAGUUCCACUUGCCGUAAUUAUGCCGCUGGCGAAUGUCGCGCCCGUCAGCCACGUCACCAGGAGUUCAGAACCGGACACUGAAAGCUCAGGAUUCAGUCCAUGUCCAUCAAGCGCUGGUACUCCGGCCCUGGCAACCAGUAGCCCCCAGUUUAAACAAGGAUCAGGAUCGUCAUCGGCUACCUCAAUGAGAGAUUCGCCUGGAGAAACUUCUCAAUCCUGGAAAAAAACCAUCCCAGAUGAUGGUUCAGACGGCUCUCCCGCGCACAAGACUCAUUCCCAAAUGCAGCACCAGCAAUUUCAGACUUCUGCCAAUUCUUCUCUUCGCUCAGCUUCCGUCUCGGGCGUCGCAUCAACAACGUGUGGAUCAGCAACGCAAGACUCCUUCAACACGCGAACGAAAGGUGGGAAAAGAGGCGGAGGAGCAAAGCGAACAAUGAGUAUGAGGGCAGCAAUGAGUUCAGUUGGCCAUUGGAUGCCGUCCGUCGAUUUUACCAAAAGUAGGUCUUUGAGUUUGCCAUCCGUCACGAGAAAACCUGGAGACCCAGGUGGAGCAAAGGCAUCGAAGGUCCCUUCGAAAGAGGGAGUGGAAUCGAAACGACUUUCUUUCCGAAAGAAGAUGAGCUUCAAUCGCAGUCUAUUAGGGUCAACUUCAACCUUGAUGUCAGAGAUGCUGCAUAAAGUCAAAAAGAAAACCGGCUCCUGUCCAUCUUCGGAUGAAUCUGACGGAGAAACUCACGGGUUCGAACCGGAUGAAAGCUCGAGCAGAAUUUACCUGCAAGAGAUUGACUUGGACGAGCUUUUUCCAACAGUGAAGAAAAACUUCGAAAAAUCAGGCAAUGAACCCAUUUUCGGCCCAAACCUUGAGGAGUACGUAAAUGGACUUUUCCCAACGGUGGGAGAAGCACGGAAAACGAGCCCCCUGCCGUCUCCAAAAGAAACAAACGGCAGUCAAGGAGCAAAUUCCUAUUCAUCCACCAAUGUGGGCUACGCACAAGAAGACGCGCAAAAAUACCAGCAGCCAGGGAAAGAGCUUAGUUUUCAGAUUGUUUCAGGACCCUCUGAAUUUGUGGUGUCCAGAGCAUUGGAGGAAUAUAGAAAAGAAAAGCAGGCCUCGGUGCCGAAUCCGACUCUUGACAGCAAAGUUGAGAUAUUAGCUCCAUCUCCGGACAGUCCGAACUGCAAUCAAUCCGAAACCAGUGGAGGAACGAAGGUUUCAGAAUCUAUGUCUCCGCGAUCCGUUCCAGUGUCUCCAGUGUCCCCAAUAUCCAGAUCAGGCAUCCCAAGGAUGCUUAGCGUCGACUCUGCCAAUGCUCCUCGAGAUCGACGAAAGCUGGAAUUGAUGGAAGAGGCGCAAAAAUACGAGCAUGAAGCAUCUGCCAUCCAACCAAGUCUUGAAACCAGAGAGAAAAUGAAUGACGUGCUUGAGGAGCUCCUAAACCAAGUCCACGUGGAACCAACCGUAGAUAGUAUGAAUGCGGCAAAGAAACUUCAUAGGGGCACGACAUUUGAUCGUGAUUUAGAUUUGCCUAUUCUUGGCUCAAAAGUAUCCGGACAUCACCCUGGGAUGUCUGUACAAUACAACGAUAAAUUGCAAGACAUGUCGAUGACAUCCAGCUCAAAAUCUUCGGAAUCCGCAAUUUUUUCGGUGCCCAGUGACGCCAGCCGGCUCUGCCCGGGAACAGACUCUCGAGAAGCAUCCAUGGACGAUACGUCUAGAGAACCCUCAUCAGCCAUAUUUAUUUACGGUAUUGAGACCCCAGAUGAAAACAUAACAGUCGAUAUGGAGAGGAACAUCGUCAAGCUGCAUCCAGUUGGAAAAGUCCUUGAUAUGGACAUCCCGAAAGAGAAAUUGGCAGGUCUACAUACAGAUGUUUCCGUCGAAUCAGUCGACACCGAAAAACCUGAAUGCACUGAUUUAGAAAUUGACGAAGAAGCAGAAAAGAGUUGCUCUUCUGGAGACACAAGUGGUCCGGAUGAAAACCCACCGUGUUACACAGAUGAUGACGAAGAGCUUUCUGGUCGUGAUGCAGUAGUAAUGCCCCCUAAUGGUGCUUCAGAACCGCGUUUAGAGCCCAUUCCAGCCAUUGAGGAAAGUAAGGCCAGUGAACCGGACAAAUCUGACCAGACAACGGUCACUGUGACCAUAGAAGACGAAACAGCGCCGGAAGAGAGCAGUCACCUAGGCCAGGAAAUAAAUUUGGCUAAUUUGCCUCUGAUGGGCAAAAAUAAAUGGAAACUUCUGAAAACGCUAAAAGAGAAGAAAGAAGAUGCUAUGAAGAGUGUAGAUAUUCCGGCCGUGGGAACUCCGUCUGGGGGAGAAGGAGGAGGCACAGGAAGAGGAAGUGGAUUGCCUGGUGACAAUCCAUUUUAUAGCUACAUUGAUAGCAUGCCUGAAAUAAACCCCAGACGGAAGCAAAUCCCACUUGUCAGUGAACUUACUAUGGCAGCCACAAAGCGGAAUGCCGGACUCACGUCAGCUGUACCUCGCCCAACCCUGAAAGAUGAAGAAUUGAAAAUGCAUGUGUACAAGAAGACGUUGCAGGCGCUGAUUUAUCCGAUCAGCAGCACGACGCCGCACAAAUUCGCCCCGUGGACGGCGACCUCGCCGACCUAUUGUUACGAAUGCGAGGGCCUCUUGUGGGGGAUCGCCCGUCAGGGUGUACGAUGUUCCCAGUGCGGCGUGAAGUGUCACGAAAAAUGUAAAGCACUUCUGAACGCGGAUUGCCUUCAAAGGGCCGCCGAGAAAAGCAGCAAGCAUGGUGCGGACGAUAAGACCAACAAUAUAAUUCAAACCAUGAAAGAACGCAUGGAGAAGAAUGAAAUGGAGCAACCCGAGAUCUUCGAACUCAUCAGGUAUUCCCCCCACGUUUCUUCCGCGAGUAACUGCAAUGAAAAUAUUUAUUCAUUCGAGGCAAACUUUCCGUCCGAUAAAGUCUAUGUCUAA